AUGUCUGUUGCAGGCGAGAGUCUCCGUCGUUUAGGCGUGCAAGCGGCCGCGGCGACCGUGUCCUCUCACCAGCUGGGCGGCAUUGUCGACGCAGGAUGUGUCCGUGAUUAUAGUUUCCUAAUUGACCAGGCAUGGAUUUUCAUAUUUUCCUCCGCGAUGGAGUACAGUCAGUCAAUGUGGUGGCGGACAUCUCCGAGGUGUGGAUCGGCGGCUGGAACAACAGCGACCGGCUCCAUCUACGAGCCCGGCCUAGAAGACGUCAUUAAGCUGUGCCGCGGCCACAACCUAUUCUUCAACACCGACGUUGGCGAGGUGGAUAUCGUCUUCUUCUUCGUCAACACUGACACCGAGACCCUCGGCCUCGGCGCCGACAAGGCCGCGCAUCUCCUCCGUGGACGCCAUCUCUGCAACGUCAUCGAGGUGGCCUACUCCAUUGGCAAGGACUCGCACAUCGGCCCGCGCUUGCUCUCUGCUAGCGUCGGCUUACGGGGCUCGUGCUUCCCGCCGGCCAUCGACGUGUGCCGGGGUCUGCUCGAAAACGAGGCCGUAGUCAGCAUCUACGACUCGCAGGUGACCAAGGAGCAGGUGCGGCGCGACCUCGCCAUGGACAAGUUUGACUGGAACCACCCACGCCACCUGCAGCCGAAGCCGGCUUAUGUCUUCGACGGCCGCAACAUCGUUGACCUGGAGAAGCUCCAAGACGUCGGAUUCAUCUUCUACGGCAUUGGCAAGCUGCUUGACCAGUGA